CUCUACGCUGGUCAACUGUAAACACCACCACUAGUCCAUCACUGAAGACAAUAAGAGUGGUAUCAUAUGAGGCAAUGGCUACAGCAUUAGAUCCAUCAACACCAGAAUAUGCUACACUGAAGGAAAUGUUUGGUGCUCUUGUUGACAAUUUAGCUGACAAUGCUUCUGUCAUUCCUCAGCUUAAUACUCAUUUACAUGCAUCUGGCCUCAUUGCUAGAGGAGUAUUCAAUACAGCUCGAAAUUCUGGGAAUCCUUAUGAAAGAUGUAAUAGUAUGCUUACUCCAGUACUAGCAAAGGUUGAUAGCAACCCUGCCUGUUUUCAUUCAUUAGUUGAAUCAUUAAAAAAAGUAGAGCUAUAUGAUAUUGUCUUUAAACUAGAGGAAAAGUUACAAAGUGAACAAAAGUCAAGAGAAAGUGAAAAAAAUUUAGAUUACGAAAUUGGCACUAGUUAUGAAUCACACAAACCUGAAGAAUGCAAGAAGUCAUCAUAUGCCAUUUCCUCUGCAUCUGAGGAUAAAGUAUCACAUCCAAUACCUUUUCCAUACGUGCAUACACCACCAACACUUACUUACGCUAUGAUUGAUAAAAUGAUGGAAAGGGGUGGAUCCUUUAAUGAUAAAGCUAUGAGCACUCAGCAAAGUGAUAGUGAUACAAAGAGUAGUGCAUCAGCUUUGCAACAGUUUAGUAAACAUUUUUCUUAUGUUAAGGAAUUUCUUAAAAAGAAGUCCAUUAAGAUUAAUGAGGAACCAAAAAGAAGGAUGGAUAGCUUUAAUUCAGGCAAAGCCAAUCAUGAUGUCUUGAUUGGUCAUUUUCAGGAUGGUAGGUAUCGAUUAUCAUUAUCAUCUUUACUUAGUUGUACUGAUAGUGAAUAUGUAAAAUCAGUAACUAGUUCAGAGGAAUAUGACAAGGCAAACUUGCUGCACUGGGCUGCAUAUUGGGGAUGGAUUGAUAUAAUUAACAAGCUGAUUGAUGAUCAUAGCUUUGACCCAAUGUAUACAGAUGCGAUUGGUCGUACAGCUGCUCAUUUUGCUGUUUUGGGUAGAAAAUUAGAAGUUAUUGAACUAUUGACUACAAAACACCAUUGCAAUCCUGUUUGUAAAGAUUUAAAAGGCAGAACUCCCCUUUUUGUUGCAAUGGAACGAGGAUGCUUUAAUAUUAUUAAGUAUUACAUGACAUCAUUAGGUUAUGAUAGUUGCGAUGGUAAGCCUCUUGGCAUUGUUGCUGCAGAGCAUGGCCAUCUUGACAUAUUAAAAUAUUUUAUAGAGGAAUGCAAAUUCAAUGUUAACGAAACAUCAGAAGAUGAUACAGCUCUUGAUGUUGCAGCAAUAUUUGGGCAUCUUGAAAUUAUGAAAUAUUUGAUAGUAGAAUGCAAGUGUAAUCCUAAUAAAAAGAAACGGUACAGCAUGAAGCCUCUUCACCAUGCGUCAAAGAAUGGUCACACUGACAUAGUUAAGUACUUAGUUUCAAAGUGCAAUUGCAACGUACAUGAAGCUAGGAAAGGUUUAUCCCCUCUUCAAUAUGCAGCAGGGAAUAGACAUUUUGGACUAGUUAAAUAUUUCAUUGAGGAAUGUGAUUGCAAUGCUGAGUCUGCACUUCAGCAUGCUGGAAGCGUUGAGAUAUUAAAAUUUUUGAGUGAGAAAAGUGGCAAAAAUCCAGGUUAUAAUGCUUCUCUUGAUAAUGCAAUUAAGGGAAAACAUGCUGAAGUUGUCAAAUAUCUUGUAGCUAAAUGGGGAAAAGAUACAGACCUAACCAAUCGAUUGCUUGAACCAAUUCGCUGUCAAAACUUUCAAACAGUUGACUUUUUGAUUAAUGAAUGUCAGGUCAAUGUAACAAACAUAGAUAGUAAAGGGAGGUCGUUGUUACAUUAUGCUGCAGAAGGUGCAUAUACCCACAAUGGAGUAUUAGUGGUUCAGUGCCUUCUUGCUGCUGGCCUUGAUCCAUUAAAAAAAGAUGCAAAAGGUAUGACACCAUUGGCUAUUGCUAUGAUGAGCAGCUAUUGGUGGAAUUCUGACCAGUUUUUUGAUGCAUUCGGAAAGACCAAAACAAUGUAUCCUGUUGAUUCAUAUGUAAAUGUUCUUAUAGUGGGAAACAGUGGAGCUGGUAAAAGCACGCUCAGUAAAGUCAUUGAAAAGACUACAGAUCACUCUUUUAAUUUUCUCAGAGAAUUAAGUUAUAUUAGUCCUAAUGAAGUUGAAUUGCUUACUGCUGGUAUAGUUCCCAUUAAACUUGAUCACAAACAACUUAGAAAUAUCAUUCUUCAUGAUUUUGCUGGCCAGUCUGAGUACUAUUUAAGUCAUACUGCUGUUAUUGAGAAUAUUCUACAAGAAUCUGCUGCUGUUAUCAUUAUUGUAGUUGAUGUAUCAAAUCAUGACUAUUUAAUACACCUUAAGCAAUGGCUAGCUGUUGUUAGGAAUGAAACGCAAAAAGCAAAAGAUGAUUGCAAAGUAAUUGUAGUUGCAAGUCAUUUUGACUGUUUAAAAACAGAUUCAGAAAAAAAAAUUGUAAAAAACUGUAUAAAGUUGGAACUAAAUGAUGGAGAUGACAUUGGAUAUUUAGACUGUCGUAAGCUUGGUGGGGAGAAAUUGCGUUCAUUUUUCCUAAAGUUAGAAAAUGCUUGUAGUACUAUUCGUGAUAAUGACAAAAGGUCAUUAACAUUAUAUUGCCAUAUGAUGUAUAAGUUGUUGCAAAGUAGCAAAAAAGAUGUUUUAACCUUACUGGAUAUUGUUAAAAAUCAAAUAAAAAAUGCAGAUUAUUUCCUUCUUCCUUUUGAUGGCAAACAGAUUCUUAAUAUACUAUCUUCACUGCAUUCAACUGGCUUAAUUUAUUACCUCAACUGUGAGGAUAGGGAUAGAUUUGUAUUUGAUCUCAAACUGGAUUCUGAUGGUAGAAAAUCUUAUAGUUUGCCUAAAAAUUGCAAAGUAUGGGUUGUUGUAAACAAAAUGAUACUUCUGAAAAACAUAAAUGGUAUAAUUUUUUCACCUAUAACAUUCAAAGAACACCCUAACAUUGCUGAAAAUGGCAUUAUUACUGUCCCCUUUCUAAAAAGUCUAUUUCCUGAUUAUGAUCUUCUUAUGAUUAUUAGUUUCUUGGAGAGUAUGGGCCUCUGUCACAUAGUAUCUCCACUCUUUUUGCUACAAACUAAUCUUGUGAAGGAGAAAGAUGAAAUUAAUGCAGAGGAUACUUUUUGCCUGUUUUUCCUUCUCUUGUCCAUCUUCCAAGACCACCAAAUGAGGAAAGCUUUUGCUUUGGCUGGUUCCUAGAAUGUAAAAUGGAUGCUCAAUUGUUUCCUCAAAGGUUCUUUAAUUCUCUUACAUUGCAUCUUACCCUCAAACAUGAAGCUAUACCUAAUAUAUGUCAAUGUAAAUAUUGGAAGAACGGGGUGAAAUGGGGUAAUAACAAAGGUGUUGUGACAUCAAUGGAACUUGUCAAUGACAACCGAUGUGUUCUGAUCUUAAUGUCAUGUGAUGAAGAGUCAUAUGAUUCAAUGAUUUCAUUGCGACGAAAUAUCAUCAAAGAUAUCUUAAAUAUUUGCAGAGAAUAUUGUCCUACUCUGAAAGUAGAAGAAUUUGUGAUUGAUCCAGUUUGUUUGAAGCAGUACCCAAUUGAAAAACCAAGAGAAACAACAGCAUAUUGUGUAAA